UCAAAUAUAAUCUUCUUAAUUAAUCAAGUUUGACCAUGGAGGAACUUAAUGUUCCUUCUAAUCUACAAAAUAUACAGCAUUUAUUGCUCUAUUUUCUCUUUUUUUUUUGGGGGGGGGGUGCAAAAAACCACUAAAGAUCUAACUGCCUUGAAAAUUUGUCGACUGCAUCUCAUGAUUUCAAAAUAAUCAUUAAUUAACGAUCACUAAACACCACACAUUAUUAAAAUAUGUUUAACAAUGAUUAUUUCUUCGCAUUCUGGACACACUGGAACAGGCUCUUGGGACAUUAAGUAACCAUGUGUCAAUCGACAGUGCCCUAUCCUCAGUCUAGCAAAAGUUGUUUCUUCUUUCCUGGGUUUUCGUAAGGAUCUGUCCCACUCUGACAGAGCCCUUAAUUUCCCUAAGUUUGUUAUUCCUCACUCUCUGCCACUCAAUUUCCCAUUGUGACCAUAUAACUUUUUUAGUAAAUGAAUUAAAAUCUUCGUAAGGUACUUCGAUUACUUUAUGCCCUUCUGUUAUAGCUUUCUUUGCUGCGUGGUCAGCUUCUUCAUUCCCAAUUAUGCUACUAUGACUCGGGAUCUAUAAGAAGCACCCAGACUGAUUUGCUAUCAUAAGAAAAAUAUCUUGUACUCUAGGAUUAGUCGUGAAGAGGUUUUAAAGGGUUCAGAUGGCAGAGAGAGAAUUGGAACAAACUAUUACAUUAGGGGGCUUGUGGUCUCCCACACUGAGACAUUUAAUUAUGGCUAGUAGUUCAGCUGUAAAAUUACUACAGACUGUUGACAAAGAGAACAUCAUUUUCCUAUUGUUACAGACGAAUGCGGCACCAACGCCAUCAUUUCCUUUUGACUCAUAUGUACUGCAGCAUGAUGCAAUACAUUCCUCCUUUUCCAAUGUAGAUGCAAUAUUUAAUAUUCUUUCUAUGAAAUCUUACAAAAAAUAUUGAAAACAAUCAUAUAAGUAAUAAAAUGCCAUUUCAUAUAAAAAUGAGAAUAGAAGGCUCAUAAACUUGUUGCAUUGGUAAAAAACUGUUAUAUCUGUUGUGAUUUGUUAUUACUUAAUUUAAUUUCUUGAAGUAUUUGUAUUAUGUAUAAUCACUAGCUCAGUAAUCUUAAAGUUUAAAGUAUACAUCUUAAAUCAAAAUUUCAUUAAAUUAUUGAUCUUAAAUCAAAAUUACUUCCAAUAAAAUAAGCCUAGCUGACCAAACCAGUGAUGAUUUGAUGACCUGGAUGAUGGGAAUGUAAAACUACAACUUAAAUAUAAGCGAAAUGUGCUUUCUUGAUAUUUCCAAAAAUAGUUUUUACAUUUCUUGGAAUAUGAAAUAUUUUAAUACAUUUUGUAUCCUUCUAGUCAUUUUAUCAGUUUCAAAUUGUGGACAUACAACUUCACAAUUUUUCCAAAAGGUGCUUGGAGGGAUAUCAAAAAGCUAUGAAAGGUUUAGCAAUUGGGUUUAUGCAAAACAUGCAUCUACACAUUGUUUUCAUUUAUUUACAAGAGACAAUUUAAAUAACUCUGAUGUUUAUGAGGUAAAUGUUACAAAUAAUGGAGAACUAUUUAAAAAAUUUAAUCCAAAGAAUCCAACAAAGAUUCUAAUUCAUGGUUGGAGGGGGUCUGUGGAAUCUACCUUUUGCACACUAUUGAAGGACACAUAUCUAGAUGUUGGUGACUACAAUAUUAUUAUUUUUGAUUGGAGUAAUGAUGCAAAUAAAUCUUAUAGAUUUGCCAAAACUGCUGUUACAAAAGCAGGAAAAAUUGUUGCAAGUUUCAUUGACUCACUAGUGAAAAAGCACAAGGUGAAAUCUGAAGAUUUACAUUUGAUCGGUCAUAGUUUAGGGGCUCAUGUAUCAGGAGUGGCUGGUUAUUUUACCACAACAGGACAAAUUGGACGAAUAACAGGUCUCGAUCCAUCUUUACCAUUGUAUUUAAAUGUUCCUGAAAGUGAGAAACUGUCUAACAAAUCAGCGAAUUUUGUUGAUAUUAUUCAUACGUGCGCUUUAUACCUUGGUAUUUGGUCCAACAUUGGACAUGCAGAUUUUUAUCCUAAUAAAGGAACGUUUAUUCAGCCUGGUUGUGGCUUUGAUGCUUUAGGUAAAUGCAGUCAUAAUAGAUCAUAUUAUUACUUUAUGGAAUCAAUAGAAAACCCUUCAUCAUUCAUAGCAACAAAAUGCGAUAACUGGUAUAAAUUUGCUAACAAAGGAUGUUCAAACGAAACAAAAGUAGUUAUGGGUGAACACUGUCUUAGCAGCACUCAAGGAAUUUACUAUCUGGUGACUGCAGAUAAUCCACCAUUUGGAAAGAAAGAAAACUCAUCUGAAAUUGAACCAUCAAUUCAACAGUUGAAUACAAAUUGGUAUUACAAGCAUUUUUAAUUUUAUCGGUUAUCAAAAUUAUGGAAAACUUUAUUAUUUACAAUGUUAAACAGUCUAUGUAGCAUUGAAAAAUUAUUAUAUUAAAAUAUAUUAAUAUUUGUGGUAAUUAAAUAAAAUUUUCAUUACAACACUUCACCACCAACUCUUUUGUACUACACACACAUUCACACAAACAAAUAUUUUCUCAUAAAACAGUUAACACAAAAUAUAUCUUUCAACCUAACUUUGUAAUAUAUGAUAACAAGGUUAAAUGUAAUUUAAAAAAAUCUGUGUAUGUGUAAGCUGUCAAAGUGUGAUAGUGCAAAUCUAUGUAUUUGUGCUUAAGGAAGUAAAGUUUUAAACUUAA